AUGAAUAAAUAUUUUCCAUUGGCAAAAUAUAAGAAAGAGAAGAUGAUGUUCAUGAAGUUGUUGGAGGGUUGCUAUAAAGUGGAGCGACUAUACAUAUAUUCAAAACGUUUGUGCAAGCAAAUGGAGCCGAAGAGUCAAGAAGAAUACAAUAUUGCAAGAAAGCAAAUCAAGAAAACUUUUGAUGAAGGAUGGACCGAGGCGGAUUGCGGAGGUAGAGAAAGUUGUAUCCUGGAAAUUCCUUUUGUUUUCUGGAGCUCUCCCAACAAGUCUAAUUGUCGAAGACAACCAAAAAGAUCUUACGGUAAGAAACUUCUCUAUAUCCCUCUUAAUGAUUUAAAAGAUGAUAUCCCAUAUCCGAAUUCUUCUUCUGAAGCUGGAAAGGUAUGGAAACCUCAAUGA